CUCGACCUCAUGCGCUGGCUUGCAAGUCUCUCUGCCAUAUGUGCCAUUUGGCUAUGCAGAGUCAGCGCCCAGGCGAAUGAUUCGGCACCGGCGCUGUCCACAUGCGUGACGAACUGCAUCUUCGAAUUUAUCCCGGCCUCCGGAUGUGGUGCGGAUGCUGCGUGCCUGUGCGAUAGCACCGUCUACAAGAAUGCUGUUCAGAAAUGUCUGCAAUCGAGUUGUCCGGCCAAAGAGGCGCUGCUCGCAGGAAGGUACCAAAGCACAGCUUGCGGCGAACCCGUGCGGUCCGAGGAUACCACAACACCGCGAGUAGUUUGGACCAUGUUCGCCACUGCAGCGAUUGGGGUCGUGGCACGGCUCAUCUUCCGGAAUCCUUAUGCUAGAGGUCAUGGCUACGGAGCCGACGACUGGACAAUGCUUCUGGCUCUCAUAUUCCUCAUACCCUUCAAUGCCGUCGUCCACCUUAUGGCGAAGGCGGGGACGGGACGCGAUAUAUGGAUUCUUGAACCCGAGAACAUCACGAUGCUGCUUCACACGUUCUGGAUGGAGGGCAUUCUGUACGCAGUACUGAUGACGAUCAUCAAAGUCUCAAUCCUGUUGCUCUAUUUGCGGAUCUGGGUCCACCGACAAUUUAACCUUUCGGAGAGUCUGUUUCAUCCUAAUCGGCGUCAACAUUGCGGCCGGAAUAGCUAUCGCAUUGAGUGUCGUAUUCGAAUGCAUGCCAAUCAGUUAUGCGUGGACGCGCUGGGACGGCGAGCAUCAAGGAACAUGUAUCGACUACUCAGCCCAAUCUUAUGCCAUAUCGGCCAUCAGCGUCAUCCUCGACCUGGUCACUUUUAUGCUUCCGAUUGGGAAACUGGCGAACCUACCUUUGUCGAGAGGGAAAAAGUUUGGGGUAUGUUUCGUCUUCGCGCUAGGCUUACUCGCAACGGCAGCCAGCAUCGUCAGGCUGGUGUAUCUCAUUAGAGAUUCGACUUCUCCAAACUUCAGUCUCUGGCUCGCUCCUGUUGCUACCUGGACCUCGUUGGAGUGCAAUUUAGCUGUAAUUUGCGCUUGCUUGCCGGACAUGGCUGGGCUGAUACAAAAGGUGUGGAAUCACACCUGCAAAGGCAAGAACUGGUCAACACGGCGCGGUAGCACCAAUAUCGACAACGUGCGACUCUCAUCACUACACACGCCGGCACAAUACUACGACGAAGGUGGGGCCUAUCGUUACCACAGCAUAACGCUUCCGGAAAUAACUAAGGCAUCCCUCAGACAGCAGAUCUCUGCCGAGCAUGUCGAUUCGUUACGAGCGGGGCGGCCUGAUAAAAGAGGAUUUCGGCAGAACACAAACGAAAUCUUCCUCGACGACGGAGCUAUCGAAAUGGCACCACGGAACUCACCCUACGAGCAAGCCUUUACCUCGCAACAAACCUCUACCUUCCGUCAGUACGGCUCCUGAUCGGGCGUU